CUUCUCUUGAAGGCAUCAAUAUGAACAGCGAGGAGGAAGAAGUGCUUUCCACCUCGGAGUCAGACGAGGAUGCUGAAGUUACUUCGGACGGGUUCACUCCAGAAGAGUUGAGCAUCGAGGCCUUGGUACAAAAACUGGUCGAAUCAGGAGAGCGGAAAAACAUUGCUGAUGAAUUCUCCGCGUCGAACACAUUUCUCCUCGACGGAGAUUCUUUGCUGGUUUUCAUCAUCUUCAACUCAUCCGUGGACGUCCGUCACGGAGGGCAAUACUUGCAUCUGGUGUAUGCAGCCGAGAGGUUUCUGGGAAUGCUCCUCGAAAGAGGGGCAGUGCUUGUUAUCAUCUUCUUCGAAAACAUGCUGCGAUUGUGGAAUGACAAUCCGACUCUGCUGUUGGCACGACAGAUCCUUCACACACACCUCGAGAAGAACUCACCCUGUCGUGUUCAUUCAUUUCCCUCCAGUUGCCAUGCCGGAUUCCAGAACUUCACGAACGCGUCAAUGCUGUGCCACACUGGAGAAGGGGUUAGAAAAAGGAAACGGACCUCCAUUCCAUCAGGAAUUACAUAUUGCCUCAAGGUAAACCUAAUCGCAUAUGCAUCAAAGAAUAGGAGAAUUUUCCUGUUGGAUUCAAUAGCAUUUCGGAACAACAGCAUCUUCUCAUACGUAUUGAUUUGUGAGAAUAUCAGUGAUGAUUGUAUUUACGAAAUUCUGGAAAUGGAUGAGACAAAAUCUCUCACUGCAGUGGGAAAAGAUUCUCUCAAGGCUAUUUCAGAAGUCGAACUUGCUGUAAGUAAAGAUGCCAGGUUUCUAUGCACAACCUUAGCGAUUUCUAACAUGAAUCUACUGAAUGGGAAGUUUCGGAAAUUUGCAGCAGUAUUUCUUCUACACCUUGCAUUAAUCAUGAGAAUCCCACUGGAAGACAGGGCUCAAGUAGCUACACUGGCAAAGUCGCCAUCAGAAGUGCUGGCUUUUCUAUCUACAAUCCAAUUGGAAAUGGCAAGAAUGAUUGAAAUGCUUAGAAAAAGGGAAAAUAUUGAUUUCACAAAAAUCUCAGAUUUGAUGGACGGAAGAAUGUUUCUCAAGGUACUUUCUUUGGCAAGGAAAAGGGAAACCGUGACAGUCACGCAGCCAGUUCACGACCUUUACAUAGAACUCUCGAGAUGCUUAACAAAGGCUGGCCCUCUGUCGGUGGUCCCCGCGAAGGAAAUAGAGGGCAAGAAACUAGAAGUGAGGGAAGACACGUCCUUCUUUUCCGCCCAGGCAGAAUGCAUUUCCAAGUCUCUGCCGCUGGUGCAGAAGUUCCUCCCGGAUUUCGAGGCACCGCUGCCUGGAGAUCUGAUGAACCUGUCAUUCUCAAAAAAAGUUUCACGUUGUGACUUGGAGAUGCCAUCUGAGUCACUAAACAAAUAUCACUACCAUGUUUUGACAGAAAUUCUGACCGAGAAAGAAACGGCCAUUCGGAACGCAGGAAAACAAAAGAACUCCUGGGAACAACAGAGAGAAAACACGCGGAAACAGAAGCUUGCAAGAUACAUGCGCUUCUACGGAGACUCACUAGAGGGUCGCGAUGUCUCCGAACAAAUUGCCGUCGUCGAACAGACCAAGAAACAUAAGAAAACUGGCGAAAGCAAGAAAGCAGAAUUAAUCAAGAGUGAGAACAUAAGAAAAAAGAAGGAAGAGCAAGACCGACGCGAACUUCAGAAAUUUUCCGUAGCGAAAGAGGCAUGGAAAGCGGAAUUGAAACAAUGUCAUUUCGAGACGGUGAAGUCAGAAGUCACUGUGAGCAUGAAACAGUUCAAUUCUGCGGAAAUUCAAAAGGAUCUUCUCAUCUUGAGGGUUCAUGCCUCUAUUGAGCUAUGGAGAAAACGUGAUGUUUCCUCAACAGUAGAGAUUUUCCUGGAUAUACGCAAACUCCUACAGGAAUACCGGGAUAUUUUCAAACCAAGGGACUUGGAAAAAAUUGCAGAAUUUCUUAGAAAGAUUCGUUUUCCAGAUAUAUUGCAGAAAGUGAACCCUUCUUCUGGUCAUGUCAAAAUGAACAAGAAGCAUUCGAGCAUCCGUUUCCAAAUGCUCCACAUGGGGCCACAUUUGAAGCGUGAGUACAGAACCGAUCCCGAUCCCCGAAUCGAAAAUUUCAUUCCAGACACGUGGCAAAGACAGAUGUUCGAUGCGAUCGACAAAAACCAGUCAAUGCUCAUCGUUGCCCCCACCUCUUCGGGUAAGACCUAUGCAUCCUACUACUGCAUGCGCAAGGUCCUCCAGAUGGAUAACGAGAGCGUUGUCGUGUACGUUGCGCCGACAAAAGCUCUUGUGAAUCAGGUCGCAGCGACGGUGUACGCCAGAUUCCAUCAAAAGGUGAUGCCCGCUGGGAAGGCUGUUCUCGGGGUCUUCACCAGGGACUAUCGAGAGAACGUGCUCAACUCCCAGAUUUUAGUUUUGGUGCCGCAGACAUUCGAGAUCCUCAUGUUGUCUCCACAGAUGCAAGAAUGGGUUUCCAAGCUCAAAUACGUGAUCAUGGACGAAAUCCAUUGCUUAGGAGAGGAAGGAAGUGGGGAAGUUUGGGAACAACUUCUACUUCUCAUGCCUUGCCCUAUACUGGCACUCUCUGCCACUGUUAAGAACUACAAGGCCUUCCACGAGUGGAUGCAAACCAUCGAAAAUGUUAAAUCGGAAAUCGACAAGAAGUUGAAUAAAAGGCGACAGGGACCGAAAGCAUAUCAAGUGCAGCUGAUUGUUCACGAUGAGAGGAAUGCAGACCUUGAGCCGUUUUUGUUUGUCAUUUCUAAUGAGAAUCAACCAAUGCUUUUGCCUAUAAAUCCUAUAGGACUUAUGACUUCAGAAGAAAUUCGGAGGUCUGGGAUACCACUGCAUCUUGUCCCAUCACCUAAGCAAAUCCUUGCACUGUUUGAUGCACUGAAGAAACACCUUCCCACGGGAUCAACGGACGAAGUUGAUCCCGAAGACAAAUUCAAAGCUCAAGCAUUCCCGACACGCACGGAAGUGAAGGAGUACGGGCAGCUGCUGCUGAAGAGACUCGAAGAACUUGCGAUCCAGCAUCCCGCUGACGUAGACAAAGCAUUGCGAAGUCUUAAUCAAGACUUACGCAUCGUUCGGAGCCGUGAUGAAACUGUGAAUCCAAUACAGACUCAAUUGUCAUUAGUAUUUCAUCUCCAGGAAAUCGAUGGCCUUCCAGCUUUAAGUUUCAUUGAUAAUAGAAAUACCGUUGAGUCGUUCGCACGUCAUAUCGCGAAGUACUUCAGUGAGGGGGAGUCGCGCGCUCAAGUACCGAAAGAACCUCAGGUAAAAACACCUAAAAAACCAAAGGAGAAUCACCGCGGAGAGAGAAAAAGAGAUCGAUCCAUGACCAUGAAAGGCAAGGUGAGAGAUUUACAGGCCGAAUCAAGAGUCAACCUGAACCAGAGGGGAGUUCCAAAUUUUUUCAUUGAAAACAAGCCCUCUUCAGAUUGGACCCUGGCUGCUUAUGAGAAUGUCUCUGAGGAGGAGUUCGAGUUUCUGUCGCAGAGGUUGAUGCAGCCGAAACCUGUAAGGGCUGAAGCAUGGCGCCUGAAUGAACGGAAUCAAUCUCAAACCGGAAACCCGAACGAUUCCAAAAUCAAUCAAAAUCAAGCGCCAAAUCAAGACGAAAGGAAAAACUUCAUGGCCAUGCUUAUUCGAGGUGUCGGCUUUCACCAUGCCGGCAUCGACAACAAGAUGCGAUCUACGGUCGAGAUGCUGUUUCGGAAGAAAUUCCUUCAGUACGUCGCCGCGACGGGAACGCUUGCCCUGGGCAUCCACAUGCCCUGCAAGAGUGUCAUCAUUGCCGGCGACUCCCCUUACAUGAACGUGCAGCGCUUCCGCCAAAUGUCUGGGCGAGCCGGAAGGCGGGGAUUCGACUUUGUGGGGAAUGUCGUCUUCACCGGAGUGUCCCUGGGGAGGAUAAAGUCCUUCCUCCUUGGUGACCUCCCGAUGCUCAGGGGUAACUUCCAUCUGUCGAUUUCUCUCAUCCUUCGGCUUCUUGCAAGUUCAAGUGCAGUCAGAGAUGACGAUAACAAAGCACUUUUGUUAAGGCACCGGUCAUUCUUGUCCUUGUCCUUGGGGGGACUCAAUGCAAACGCCUGGAAAGAACAUACGGCAUACUUCUUCAUCUAUAGCCUCUUCUUCCUGAUUGAACAGAACGAGGAGUUUGAAGAGGAGAUGUUAGAGGACCUCGUGGUACUCCUUUGCUACCUCUUCACGAACGUCGGCAUUCCGGAAUUCCAGCAAUUGUACAUCCGGGAAAGAAGGAAACUGGAGAAAUGGAACUCCCACGUUUUUCUUCCUAAACUGAAUCCCAAAGUGAAGCAUGUCAUGAAGAGGUAUGAGACCAUGGUCAGAGAAACGUUUCUAUUCUCCUUGGCAUUCUGCUUGAGAGACGUGCACAAGCGACAGGGAGAAGAAUGCAGACUUCACCUGUCCGGGAUAGAGUUUCCAGUCAAUGCGACAUCGUCCGCUCCACCCGAAGGCAGCUUGGAGAUGGAGUUGAAGGGAUCAGCUCUUAGAGUGAAGACCAUUUCUCGUUUUUCCUCUCUCAGUGGCGUCAAGGACGAAGACCUCAUCCCCAAUCGAUACGUUAUCCCUGAUAUCAGAAUUGAGGCUUUCACGCCGAUAGAAGUGCUGCCACUCACGAAACCAAGGCAGCUGUUCAAUGGCUACGCCUGGGACUUCUAUCGGCACGGUAUCUAUAAGUGCAUCGAGAAAGAAAACAAGAUAAGGGCUGGUGAGGCCUACAACCUGUUGGAAGACUUUCGACUCUUGCUUUCUUCCAUCACUACAAGCCUUGAAGUGCUGGACUGGGAUCAAAGCGUGAUCAGAGCUUUCGGUGUCAUAUCUGAACGCUUCAAUUCAAAGCUCCGUUUCAUCCGCAAUUUUCGUAAAGAUUAAGGAUGACAUUUCAGCAUUCAAAUGUAAUGAAAACAUACUUCAAAGGAAUUCCCCUUUCUUCAAACGUCCUUUACCCCCCCCCCCUCUUCCCUAUCCGCGGUA